GAUCCAUUCGACGCCUGGGUUUUUAAGUUUCACCGUCUUCUAUGAGUUCAUGAAGUGGAAGCUUCCAUUCUUUAGACACGCCACCGUAAUUCUUUUCCCUUUGAAGCAGCGGGCUUCACCUCCAUCCUUUUACCAUAAAGAUUCAAGAUCCAAGAUCCAAGAUGCAUUAUACCAAGACUUAUAUCUAAAUUUAGAAUACUUGCCGUUUGCUUCUACAUAAUAGUAAGAUCCUCAUGUGCAUUUACGCUUAGACAAUAUCUGAACCUACAAUUUUUUAUUUUUGGUUGUCCAUAAUGGCCCACGUUCCGAUAUCAGAUCAGUCCGAGCACCACGCUCGAGUAGUUGCGGAACACCUCCCGUCUGGAUAUUCGGCCGAAUUCGAUGGAGUACCCGGGAGUUCUGUUCCUGCAUUGUCCUCGAGUCCGGAUCGGACAGAUCCAGAAUUGGGCGAAUCCUCGCUAAAACUCCAAGGAGGUGACAUACACCGAGACCUCUUCAAGACCGCUGCUCGGCCCAAUAAUAUGCAUAAGCGAGCUGCAACUUUCCAUCACCCCCAAGAUAUUAAUGGGGAAAUCGGGCCCGAUGGAUUGACCGCACGCGAACAUUUGGUCCCGGGAGGCUUCCGCAGAGCUUUCAUACAGCAAAGACAGCAGCGCCCAAUAUGGGCUGCUAAGGUCCCUAUCACUAGAAAUUUCGUUGAAUUUUUGGAGCUGUACGGGAGCUUUGCUGGAGAAGACCUGGAGGAUUCGGAAGAUGAGGCAAUAGUCUCCGAGGAAGAAGUAGAAGUAGAAGAAGAGGAGCAGCCAAGCGAGGAGAGACCGCUUCUUGGACGGCGGAGGCCUUCGCGCGCACCGCGCGGCGCCACCGCCAGCACCAAACAGACCUUCUUUACCCUAUUGAAAGCUUUUAUUGGAACCGGAAUCAUGUUUCUUCCCAAGGCCUUUAACAAUGGUGGCAUUCUAUUCUCCUCCUUGACCAUGUUGGCUGUCUCCACAGUUACCAUGUUGGCGUUCCACUUACUUCUCGCCUGCAAGGAAAAGUACGGCGGCGGUUACGGAGAGAUCGGCCAAGCAAUAGCAGGAAGGUUUAUGCGCGGGUUGAUAUUCUUCUCCAUUACUCUGUCGCAGCUGGGGUUCGUCUGUGCCGGCAUGGUAUUCGUAGCUGAGAACAUGACCUCUUUUCUGAAGGCUGUUCUGCACGGCGACAGUCCGUUAUCCCCCACGUAUUUAAUUCUCAUAGAGGCCAUCCUUCUCAUACCCCUGGUGUUGAUACGGAACAUAGCGAAACUCGGUCCCGUUGCGCUUCUUGCGGAUGUUUGCAUCUUGCUUGGUGUAACUUACAUCUAUUACUACGACAUUGCACACCUCGCAUCCAAUGGCAUCCAUAAAAGUGUCGUUCUCUUCAACCCGGCGAAGUACACCUUAACUAUCGGGGCAGCCAUUUUCACUUUCGAAGGCAUCGGACUUAUUCUUCCUAUCCAGUCAUCCAUGACCAAACCAGAACGUUUCGAGUGGCUUCUCGCUAUAGUUAUGACCCUCAUCACAGUUCUCUUCACUGCCGUUGGAGCGCUCUGUUAUGCUACGUUUGGUGAAAACACCGAUAUUGAGAUCAUUAACAAUUACCCCCAAGACAGCAAGUUUGUCAAUGCGGUACAAUUCCUCUACUCGCUUGCGGUCCUUGUUGGAACUCCUGUCCAGCUGUUCCCCGCCAUCCGUAUCAUCGAAGGCAGAAUCUUUGGCUCUCACUCGGGCAAAAGGAGCGCCCGCACGAAGUGGAUCAAGAAUGCCUUCAGAACGUUAAUGGUUCUUGGGUGCGGGGCAUUUUCAAUACUGGGUGCUUCUAAUCUCGACAGGUUCGUCGCGUUGAUCGGAUCCGUUGCUUGUGUCCCGUUAGUCUACAUCUAUCCAGCGUUUCUGCAUUAUAAAGGUGUUGCAAAAUCAUGGGAAGCUAAAGCUGGGGAUAUCAUAUUCAUGGUAGUUGGGGUUAUUGCUAUGGUCUACACAACCGUCAUCACCGUCAUCAACAGCUUUCUGAGCUGAGCGUUUGUUUAUCGAUACACCUCUGGAUAUACACCGAGACAUAAAUAAAAAGCGGGAUUGGGACGUAAACAUGAUUGUGUAUGUCACGAUUGGAGUUGUUGACUUUUCUAAGUAGCGAUCAUACCUUGAAUUAUGUACAGUCAUAGAUAUUCUUAUCAAACAUUCACCGAGAGAUCUCCGAUAUCAAGUCGGCGGAAGUGUAACUACUCAGCUACUCGCUCUUAACGUUACAUUCUAAUACAGAAAUAUAAAUUCGUAUUUGAUAAACUUGGUAACCUGUAAUCGUCUUACGACACCGGAAGGUACCUACUACAUACCUAUCUAAUCAAUUCUAGAUAGCCUCGCUCAUUUACUCAUAA